UUUAUUUCUUCUGAUCCCGAAAUCUGUACUGUGCAGUGAGGAAUGGGUUCUGCUGUUGCAGCAUUGGAUGAAACCCAAUUUAAAAAAGCAUCAAAGGGUGAGAGAAAUUUAAAAACCACAACAACAUCCAGCUGGAAAGACUUGUUGAAACAAAAAUGUCUUCCGUUGUUUCCAGAAACUACAAAUAAUGGGUGUUUGUUGUAUCUCAACAAGGAUGCAGUUCCACAAAACAGGGGCAGACACAGAGAAGGCCCUGCUCAGAAUGGGCUUCUGAUAAUUUUGGUGCUUUUUUUGUAGAACACAGUGAUCUGGUGGGUAUGUGAGGGGGUAAGGUGAUAUCUUAGGCAGACUGCAUCUGAUCUACAUAGCGCCUUGAUGUUAGCACCAAAAUCUUGACCCAGUAGCAGAUUGGCAGCCACUGCAGAUCUGGCAGACAAAGUGCUACAUGAGGAAUUGAGGAAACUGAAAACAAUGCAUAAUUGUUCGUUCUGUUGCUUUGCCCCAGCAUGGGCUAUUUGACUUGCACGUGUCAUUUUCUCUAGGAGAGAGAAGGCUGCCUCUGGCAGCUGAAGAAUGAAGUCCCCUCCUUGCUGCCUGUCCCUUUCUUCAGGAGCAUCUGGAGAGGAGCUGGGUGAGAGCACAUCCUUUGGAUCUGUGGAGUCCAGUGUCUUCUGUAGUGAGGAGGAGCCAGGAACCUUGCUGCGGCCGGUGGCCCCGUCCUUGGACUGCAUCACAGUCAAUGUGGGAGGGGCCCGCUUUGUGCUGUCCCAGAAAAAACUGUCCUGCUACCCGGACACCCGCCUGGGCAAGCUGGCUGUAGUGGUGUCAGCUGCCCGGGACGUUGCCUCCAGCCUCCUGGAUCUCUGUGAUGAUGCCAAUUUGGUGGAGAAUGAAUAUUUCUUUGAUCGGAGCUCUCAGGCAUUUAGUUACAUCCAUAAUUAUUACCAGACGGGCCGGCUGCACGUGAUGGAUCAGCUCUGUGCACUUUCCUUCCUGCAGGAGAUCCAGUAUUGGGGCCUGGAUGAGCUCAGCAUUGACUCUUGCUGCAGGGACAGGUACUUCAGGAGGAAGGAACUGAGCGAAGCCUUGGAUAUCAAGAAAGAAGCUGAAGCCCUCGAUGCCCAAGAAGAGGAAGAGGACUUCUCCGGGAGCCUCUGCCCCAGAUUCAGGCAAAAGCUUUGGGAGGUAUUGGAAAAACCUGCGUCUUCCAUCGCUGCCAGGACUUUUGGCACCAUCUCCAUGGCCUUUGUCAUCAUCUCUAUUGCCAACAUGGCCCUCAUCUCUGUGGAACUCAGCUGGCUGCCACCACAGCUCCUUGAUAUCCUGGAGUACGUGUGUAUUGCCUGGUUCACAGGAGAGUUUAUCCUGCGUUUCCUGUGCACACAGAAGAAAUUCUACUUCAUACGGAGUGUAGCAAACAUCAUAGACCUGCUGGCCAUUUUGCCCUUCUACAUCACUCUGGUAGUGGAGAGCUUGCGUGGCAGACACAGCUCCCAGGAGCUGGAAAACAUGGGGCGUAUUGUUCAGGUCUUAAGGCUGCUGAGGGGUUUGCGCAUGCUGAAGUUGGGCCGGCAUUCAACAGGUUUGCGGUCCCUGGGCAUGACCAUUGCCCAGUGCUACGAAGAGGUUGGCAUGCUCCUGCUUUUCCUCUCUGUGGGCAUCUCCAUCUUCUCCACCAUGGAGUUCUUUGUCGAGCAAGGUGUCCAUGGCACAACCUUCACAAGUGUGCCCUGUGCUUGGUGGUGGGCUACGACAUCCAUGACGACAGUUGGCUACGGAGACAUUAGGCCGGACACAACCAUCGGCAAGAUAGUGGCGUUCGUGUGUAUAUUGUCGGGAAUUCUCAUUCUGGCUUUGCCGAUAGCCAUCAUCAAUGACCGCUUUUCUGCCUGUUACUUCACGCUGAAGAUAAAGGAAGCUGCUCUCCGACAGCGUGAAGCCUUAAAGAAGCUCACAAAGAACAUGUCCAACGAUUGCACCGUCAAUGUUAAUUUGCGCGACGUCUAUGCUCGAAGUGUCAUGGAUGUGCUGAGGCUAAAAGGCCGUGACAGAACAAGCACUAGGAGCAGUGGUGGUGAUGAAUUUUGGUUUUGAUUUCUUUAAAAAACAAAACAGCAUAAGGCAGGGGUAGCCAAUGUAGUACUGUCCAGAUAUUGUUAGACUACAGCACCUCUAUAAUUUUAUUACCAUUGGCAAUGUUUGCUGGGACUGAUGGGAGUUGUAAUCCAACAACUUCUAAAGAACACUACACUGUUUAAAAUGUGUGUCUAAUGUUUCGUCAGCCUUGAUAAUAAAUGCUGUGUUGAAUACGAGGCUAAUAAUUGUUUCAUGUUCUCCCCUAUUAAAUUUCCCUUUCCAGGUUUCUGAGCAUAUGACAACAAUUACCCUAACCCAAAGGCUUAUUAAAAGCAAAAACUCUCAGGUUAUACUGACUCUUACCAUUUAGAUCAGUGUUUCCCAACCUUGUGCCUCCAGCUGUUUUCGGACUACCAUUCCCAUCAUUCCUGACCACUGGUCUUGCUAGCUAGGGAUGAUGGGAGUUGUAGUCCCCAAACAUCUGGAGGCACAAGGUUGGGAAACACUGAUUUAGAUCAUUCAUUAGAAUAAAAUGGCAGAUACAUCUACAUAAAACAAUGUUUCGGUCAUUUGGUAAUAGUUCUUAUGCUUGCUUUAAUAUGAAAAAAUAAAGUGUUAGCAAA